AUGGCUCAAGUUUAUCGUGAACGCGAUGUGCGCUACACAAGAGACCAAAGUCCCUCGACUGACGAGGAGAAAUAUACAACUAUAAGACGAUACAAGGUUAGCGGUGGAGGAGAUUCUGGCAGCAGGGUUGUGGAACGGGAUCGCAUUGAACGGUAUGAAGAGGAUGAUGAUCAUAGAUCAAGACAUUCUCAUUCCCACGUUGGCCGAUCGACCGGCGAUACUCUAGAAAUUGAUCGUCGCGUGGAGAGAACUUCCUAUCCAGAACGACCGAGAUCAAAUCUCGAUCCUCAUGACCGGUAUAGGAGUGUCGAGUACGAGCGGGAACGUGAGGUUGAUCGAGAUCAUUACCCCGAGCGACACUCCCGUACCAGAGUCGUAGAAGACAUUAGGGAGACAUCGAGUUCGUCACCUCGCGACAAUUAUUGGGAACGUCAGCAGAGAAGUCCCUGGGAUGAAUCUCGGGAAGUCGAUGUCCGCCUUGACAAGCGUGUCGUGCGCCGAGAUGAGGGUGACCUGAAGGUCAAAGAGAAGUAUGUGGAGGAGCGUAUAGAGGAGCCUCGCGAGUACAAAGAGCGUGACAUCAAAAUCGAGCGUCGCGUCGUCGAGGAAAGAGAGCCUCAUGAUGUCGAUAUCGAGCGAUACCGGAAGGAAGUCGAAUAUUAUGCGGCCCCCUCCCCUCCCCCUGCACCUGUUGUGAUUCGCCAGAAGGCUCCUGAACAGAAAGUCAUAAUCCAUGAAGCGCCUGCUGCGGCCCCCGUAAUAUUUCCCCGCCAGGAACCUACAUUUAUCGUCCUAAGGGAUGAACAUCGCGAUGUCGCCCGUCGGGAGGAGGAAGACUAUUACCGCCGGGAAGACCGUCGGGAUCGGGAAGAUCGUCGACGUCGCGAGGAACGAGAACAUGAAAGCGAUGGCUAUGAGGAAGACUAUUAUGUCAAGAGGACUAUCAUAACACGAGGACGAAGCUCGAGCUCCGAUCGCCACAAGAGACGCCAUCUCGCCGAAGGCGCGCUCGCUGGGGCCGGCCUCUCGGCCUUGCUUUCGGGGCGUAGUGGCAAAGAAGUCGAUCAUCGCGGACAUAGGGGAAGGAAAGUCAUUGCUGGCGCUGCUUUAGGAGCCCUGGGCACAGAGGCUGUACGGCGUGCGAAGAGCGCAUAUGAAGAGCGGUACGAUGAUAGGUACGAACAUGACUACGACGACGAUGUUCGUCGACACCGCCACCGCAGCAAGUCUCGUAGUAGGCUAACAACCGGGUUGGCUAUCGGCGCUGCUGCUCUAGCCGUCGCUGGCGGUCUGAAAUAUAUGCAAAACAACAAAAUUGAGAAAGAAGAAGCCCACCGUGGACGCGCACCGCGACGCCGAUACUCUGACGCCAGCUAUUCGAGAUCUCGAAGUGCUUCAGGUCACGGUCGAAGUCGUAGUCGCAGUCACAGUAAAUCGAGCAUAGCUAAAGCAGCCGUUGCAACUGGUGCUCUCGCUGGCUUGGUGAAGCAUUAUAGAUCAAAAUCUCGAGGGAAAUCCCGCUCAAAGUCCAGAUCAAAGUCCAGAUCAAAGUCCAGAUCAAAAUCUCGCCUCAGAACUGGUGCCGAAAUUGCCGCCGCCGGGCUGACCGGAGCUGCAGCGAAGAAGAUUUGGGAUCAUCGCAAGGAGAAGAAAGAACAUGAACAUGACAGGGAAAUUGAUGAUGAAUAUGACGAUAGAGAUCGAGGCUAUUCAAGAAGCCGAUCUAACUCGAGGUCUCACAGUCGCCAUUCGCACUCACGAGACUCUACGGCUGAUAGAGAAUUAGGCCUGGUUCCCGUCAUUCCCGGAGUGGAGUACGGAAAUGACCCUGUUGAAGGCUACGAGUCUGCCUCCCAAGAGCCACGACGCCGCCGUCGCCGUGACAAUCGACAUCGGUCAUCGUCCGCAUCCGAUCGAGAGGCUCGGAAGAAGAGAAGUCGGAGCACACUGCGAGAUGUUGCCGCUGCUGCAUUCGGCAUUAAGAAGUAUGCGGAUCGCCAGAAAAGUAAAGAACGAGGCGAGAAGUCCCAAGGCACGAGUCGAAACAGGUCACUUGACAAGGAGGAACGAGACCGAGACAGACAUAGAGAAAGGCGAUCUCGUGACCGUGAAAGAAGGCGUUACGAAGAAGAAAUGCCUGACGCACCAUAUUACGGUUACGAUGUCGAAGCACCCCCGUCUCCGCCCCAUGCUUCUGGCGGAUAUCCGCCCCCGGGGCCUGUCCCACCAACCGGACCGAUGAUGCAAGGCCCGAGUGGCUUUACACAACAUUCUAACCAGUCUACAGUCAAUAUUAACCCAUAUGCUCCCCAUCCGCCCUAUAACCCUCAAGACUAUCCCAUAUCAAACCUCCCCCCACCACCACCCGGCCCACCACCCGGCCCUGCCCCUCCAGGUUCGGGUACCCGUUAUGGGCCAGAAUAUGUGAGUCAUCCACGCUCCGGUGACAACCAAUCCCUUCCCCAGACCCCUCGGAGCAUCGCUACUGAGCAGGAUGGUAUAACAUAUCACAAGCGAUCGCCCUCUGAUGACUCUUUAACACACUCUGAACUAGACCCGUCUCCUAAAGUGAAAUUCAUUCCCCUCUCCCCAAAGUCAUCUCAAACUCUCCGUAGACAUCGUCGGCAAUCGGGCGAUCGAGCAAUGAUUAAUGUUGAUAACACACACGAACCAUCCUCUCCUAAACAACCCCAGACUCUUCGAAAGCGAUCGGAUUCAGACACGUCAUUCAAUCGUCCGCAAUACCAAAGACACAAACCACGUGGUGAUAGAUCACCGCAUUCCGACGACGGUGAAGUUGAAUAUCUGCCCGACCGCUUUGAUUCCUCGGGUCAACCGCUUGAGGCCGACCGUACGCUCAAUGGGAUUCCCAGACGGGGUAGUUUCGAAUAUCUCCCGCGCGAUGGGAACGACUGGCACAUCCGCGGAGCGUGGCGGACUAUCGGCGAUCCAGAUCCCCUUUCUUUCAGCGAAUUGGCGCAAACUUUCGGAGGCCUUCUACAACCUCGUGGCGGCUUGGUGGGCAUGCUUGGAGACGUGUUAAGGGAUAUAUGAUUUACGACAACGAAUGUGGAUAGAUUUUCUAUUGGAAUGGUUUAUUGAUUUAUGUAAAGACGACCGUUAUGAGUUACAGAUUCGUUUUGUUAUAAGUCAUAAGAGCCUUUCUCUUUCAAGUUUUUUGUUGGCGGUGCACAGGUUCGGAGUGUUGGAUCUCACUACUCUGAAGUAUAAGCGUUUUAAGGGGAUCUCUUUGAAGGAGAGGAGGUAGAUGUAAUCUCUUUUGAUCUCGUUUUUUACGACUUAUGAUAGUUUUUUGUUUUCAUUUUUAUAUCUCUUACACUAUUAAUUCACUGCC